AUGGCAACUUUGGCAAGAGGAGGAGGCUCGCUCAUGGUCUCUUGGGCACUAGCCGGUCGAAACGCUCUAGUGGUCGGUGGCACUGACGAUUCCAGAGUCUUAUUCUGCCUGGAAGCAGAUGCCUACGUUACUGUAGUAGCAAACGAAUCGGAGCUGUGCCAAUCUCUCCUAACUCGCAUCCAUCGUGGUGAAGUCAUCCACAUUGACAGAGGCUUUGAGCCCCGCGAUAUAGAUGGCAAAUCCAUUGUAUUCGUGACCCUACAAGACUCUGCUGCUGCUCGCAACGUUGCAAUGGCUGCCAAACAACGUAAAGUGCCAGUCAACUUGAGCACAGAAUCUGACUUGUCGGAUUUCUGGCUCAUGAGCUCAUUCCGUGAUCACGAGCUCCAAGUAUCUGUAUCUACCAACGGGAAUGGUCCUAGCUUGGCUAAUCGUAUCCGUAAACAUAUAUCGGCUACUCUUCCUCAACAUGCUGGACGUGCUGUACACAAUGUCGGGUUGUUGAGACAAAAACUUAGGGCUGCUGAUGAUUCUGACUCUAAAAAGAGGUUUGCGUUUGUAAACCGUAUUGCUGAUGAAUGGCCUAUGGAAGCGCUCGCUGGUUUGACUGAGAGUGACAUUGAAGGAUUGGUUGAAGCCUUCAAACGUGGCGCCGAAACAGUCCAAUCUUCAAGCCACACCACUGGAACCAUUCGUAUCAUGUCCGCUGGAACUGGCGAUGUCGAUACCUUGACUGUAGCUGCUCAUAAGGCGCUCAUCAAUGCCGAUCUCGUAUUAGCAGACCACGAUAUUCCAAACUCGAUUCUAUCAAUCAUCACUGGUCAAGUACAACUCUUGAACGAAUCGGAUAUUCCUCUCGAAUUGACCGUCCAUGCUCUACCAGCAUUGAAGCGAGGUCUUCAAGUAGUCCGUCUCGUAGCUGCAGAAAAUGGACACAAUAUAGUACACGACUUGGAAUUCUUUUCCAGUCACGGAUACAAGGCACAAAACUUGGUCGGUGUACAUCCUUCUGUAGUGCCUUCUACUGUUGCUGGUAUUCCUCUGGUAUAUCCAGGUGUAUCUGAACAGGUCUUGGUCACUCCUGCUACUCGUCGCGAUGGUACUUUUGCCUCAGUACCCGCUUAUAAUGAAUCUCGAACUGUUGUAGUUAGCGGUGGUAAAUUAUCUUGGGAUGCUAUUACCAAACUAGACUAUCCAGCAACUGUACCUGUGGCAGUCAUCCAUGUCGUUGACGGAGCUCACCAAGUGCUAAAGACUACUCUAGCUGACUCUGCCAUCUUGGCCAAGACAGACGCAAACUUGAAUAUCGAAUCCAUCGUUAUUGGUCGUGUAGUGGACUUGGUCAAUCAAAAACCAGUAGUAAAGUCAAGAGCAGCAGAACAUGACCACGCUCUCACCAAGAAGGUUCAACAAUCAUGUGGUUGUGGACAUGAACACGAACAUGAAGAUGAAUUCCACCAUGUAUCAAUGGUAAAUGAACGUCAAGGUGCCCUGGAAGUCAUCAAUGGACAAUCAGUUGCUGCCGAAGUAGCAUAUAAACUAUCAGAUAUGUCCUUUGUAUAUCCAGUCACUCCAAUCUCAUCAGUAGCAGAUCACGUCCACCAUCUAGUCGAAUCAUCAGCGCUAAACAUUAAAGGCUCGAUUCCUCAAGUGUUUGACAUGUCAACUCGUAUUGGUGCCGGAUCUGCCGUCCACGGAGCAGCAGCUCAUGGAUUGGCCGUGUCGGCUCUCUUGUCGUCUGAAGCAUUACAGCUCAUGGUUCCAGCAAUGCAUCAUAUGGUUGCUGAACACUUGCCCACCGUCUUCCACGUAUCUGCACAAGCAGUGGACACUGCAAAUACCUUUAAAGUAUCGACUUCAUUCUCGGAUGUAGCAGCUGUAACUCAUACUGGAUUUGGAAUGGUGUCUUCUGCCUCUGUACAGGAAGCUCAUGAUUUAGGUGUAAUUACGCAUAUCGCUGCAGUGGUAAACAAGACUCCCAUGCUUCAUUUCUAUGAUGGAGCUCGAGUCGCUACUGAAUUGUCUAGCGCUCAUGUCUUGUCUGCUCAAGAACUGGCUCUUGCUGUUAAGCAUACAGCUGCUACUUCCAAGAGUGGACAUCACGAUGUACCUGCAUCGGUAGAAAACAUUAUGACUUCUCUAGCCCCAAUAUUUGGUCACCAAUACCAUGUAUUUGAGUACGUUGGACAUGCUAAAGCUGAAAGCAUUGUUGUGGCUGUUGGACCAGCUGCUUUGAUUGCUGAGACGGCUGUAAAUGCUUUAGUAUUAGGUGGCCACCGUGUUGGUGUCGUCAAAGUUAGAGUAUGGAGACCAUGGUCGGAUAAACUAUUCGCUGAAGCUGUGCCAGCUUCGGUGAAGCGAAUUUCGGUCGUGGAUCAAUCUACCGUCUCUACGGUAUGCCACGGCCAAUUAUACUUGGACGUUGCUGGCUCACUCUACAGCGGCAACAAGAUUGGAUCCAACCCAAUAUUACUCAAAGCUCGUGUAGAAACCAACGACUUACAUCCAUCAGCAAUCGAAACUCUAUUUAAAGAUCUCGAAUCGUCAAAACCAACAUUCGACUAUGUAAUCGCUCAAGAGUCUCUACCACAAGCUGAAUCCGAUGAAGGAUAUAUCCCUCAACAAAUCCAUCAGGCCGUAUUCUGGGAUUUGGCUGAAGCUAAAACACUGCCAGCUAGUGCUACUAUAGUUAAAACCAUGCAUGAUAGCGGGUUUACUACUGUACAGGCAUUUACUGCUCAUGAUGCUGUACAAGUCGAGCCUGUACAUGCUACUCAUAUCCGUAUGGGUGUUGAUGAAGUCAUUGGUGUCCAUCAUGCAGUCAGGUCUGCAGAUUAUGUAUCAGUACAUACUGCCUCUAUCGCAUCUAGUUAUAAUGUAGCUGGAUCUCUCAAGGAUGGUGCUAUUAUCGUCUUUAAUGCUCCAUGGUCUUCUGAAAAGGAUCUAGACAAGGAGUUACCCAACUGUGUUAAAGCUAGUAUUGGUAAACGACAUGCCAAAGUAUAUGCCAUCGAUGCCGACAAGAUUGCGAAGAGCUUGACAGUCUUCCGACCAUCUGAUAUACCCGACUUUGUUGGACUCAUCUUACAGACUGUAUACUUCCAACUAGUCGCAGCUGAAAAUGCUCCUAUUUACUUGUCCAUCUUGAAACACACUGUGUCUGCUACCGAGACCAACAAUAAUAUAAUCCAGACGAAAUUGAUGGCUAUUCAAAAAGCAGUAGCUGCAUUAACAGAAAUCGCUACUCCUGCAUCAUGGGCUAAACUACCAGUAGACCGCGAAUUACCCGUAAAUGUAUCAGGUACCAUUGCCUUGGAAAAGCAGGUACUAGCAGAAGAAGACGAAGAAUCUCUCAUCCAAACCCAAGUUAAAUCAUACCAUGCAGCUUGGGCAGUCAUGUUUGCUGAAGCAUAUGGACUCAAGAAGGAUUUGCGACCCGAUAUUGAAAAGAGCUUUGUAGUACGAGUAGAUGAAAACCGUCGUAUUACACCCGACUCGUAUGAUCGUAACGUCUUCCACAUGGAAUUCGAUACAACUGGUACCGAUCUCAAAUAUGAUAUUGGUGAAGCUCUAGGAGUUCAUGGACAUAAUGAUGCUGAAGAAGUAGCUGACUUCAUCAAAUUCUAUGGUCUAAACCCUGAUGAUCUCAUCUUUAUUGAACGUAAAACAGAGGGCAAGACUGAAUUACGUACUAUAGAUCAGGUGCUGACUCAACUAUUGGACUUGUUUGGUAAACCAGGACGUAAAUUCUAUCAGAGCUUGGCUACCUAUGCUACCGCCUUGAAGGAAACCGAGCAAUUGAACAUCCUAGCAUCAUCAGAAGGUCAAGAAGCAUUUGAUCACUUGACGAAUGUCGAGACAGUCACAUAUGUAGAUUUAUUGAAACGAUUCCCAUCUGCUCAUCCUUCUAUAACGGACUUGCUUACCAUGAUCCCUUAUAUUAAACCCCGUCACUACUCUAUCGCAUCAUCCCAACACAUGCAUCCAAACUCGGUGCACUUAUUAGUCGUGCUUGUGGACUGGAAGACUCCAUCUGGUGAAUCCCGAUACGGACAAUGUACCCGAUACCUCAUGAAUAUAAAACCAAAUGCAACGAUGGCCGUAUCCAUAAAGCCAUCCGUCAUGAAGCUCCCACCUGCACACACCGCACCCGUCAUCAUGGCAGGUCUAGGUACCGGCAUGGCCCCCUUCCGAGCCUUUAUCGAGGAACGUGCAUAUCUCCGUAGCCUUGGACAUUCUGUAGGACCCAUGGUGCUUUACUUUGGUAGUCGUAGCAGAGGCAUGGAGUACCUGUACGGAGAAGAACUGGAAGCGUAUGCUGCUGAUGGCCUUGUAACGCUCCGAUGUGCCUUCUCGAGAGAUCAGAAGCACAAGAUAUAUAUCCAGCAUUUGAUUCAGGAGGAUUCGGAUUUGAUGUGUGAUUUGAUGGUUCAGAAGGGUGGUUCUUUCUACUUGUGUGGUCCAACAUGGCCAGUUCCCGAUGUACGAGAUGCAUUGGUAUCGGCAUUCUCAAAGACUAUGCCUACUGAAAAAGCGCCUGAACAUCUUGAAUCAUUGAAGGAAGAGGAGCGUUAUAUUCUAGAAGUUUAUUGA